UGGAGACUGCAGCGUCGGCCGCCCCCUCGCUGUGUGCGGGCGGUGCUGCCUCAGGUCGGGGAGGGAGUGUCCCGGACAGCCCCCCUCCAACCAGACUGCGGCUCUUCCCUGCGCCGAGUCGACGCCUCUCCGGUCCCGCUGCAGAUCGAAGCCUCAGCGCUCAGGUCCAGACCAGCCCAUCAUCCAUCUGUCCCACCAGCACGUCCACCUUCAGGCAGGAUGGCAGCACAGCACCCAGAGUUUGAGCGGGCCGGCCAGAACCCGGGCCUCCAGGUGUGGAGGGUGGAGAAGUUCGACCUGGUGCCCGUUCCAGAGAACCUGUACGGUGGAUUUUACUCUGGAGACGCCUAUCUGGUUCUUAACACCAUCAAACAGCGCUCUGGCCAGCUGCAGUACGACCUCCACUUCUGGCUGGGUGAGUCCUGCUCUCAGGAUGAGAGCGGCACAGCGGCCAUCUUUACCGUCCAGAUGGACGACUUCCUGGGGGGAAAACCCAUCCAGUACCGGGAGGUGCAGGGACACGAAUCCAAGACGUUCCUCGGGUACUUCAAGCCAGGAAUCCAAUACUUGAAAGGAGGCGUGGCGUCUGGCUUCAAGCACGUGGUCACCAACGAGGUGUCGGUGCAGCGGUUGCUCCAGAUCAAAGGCCGCCGUGUUGUCAGGGCAACAGAAGUGGUCGUCGGCUGGGAGAGCUUCAACCAAGGCGACUGCUUCAUCCUGGACCUGGGAGACGAGAUUUAUCAGUGGUGUGGCUCGGAAAGCAACCGCUUCGAGAAGCUGAAGGCAACUACAGUUGCCAAGGGCAUCCGUGACAACGAGCGCAGCGGAAGGGCCCGCGUGUACGUCUGUGACGAGGGGGCGGAGAAGGAGAAGAUGCUGGAGGUUUUGGGACCCAAACCAGACCUGCCUGCUGGGGCCUCCGACGACAUCACUGCGGAUGUUUCCAACCGGAAGAGCGCAAAACUGUACAAGGUGUCCAAUGCCAGUGGAGGCAUGACCAUCGCCCUGGUGGCAGCUGAGAACCCGUUUGCCCAGAGUGCCCUGGAGUCCGGAGACUGCUUCAUUCUGGAUUACGGCUCCAAUGGGAAAAUCUUCGUCUGGAAAGGCAAAGAUGCCAACAUGGAGGAGCGGAAGGCAGCGCUGAAGGCUGCCGACGAGUUCAUCAAGAAGAUGGGUUACCCCAAGCACACUCAGGUCCAGAUCCUGCCGGAGUCCGGCGAGACGCCUCUCUUCAAGCAGUUCUUCAAAAACUGGCGGGACAAAGACCAGACGGAGGGUCUGGGCGUGGCCUACAUCGCCAACAGCAUCGCCAAGAUCGAGAAGGUGCCUUUCGACGCCGCCAGCCUUCACGAGUCCCCCGCCAUGGCGGCGCAGCACGGCAUGGUGGACAACGGCAGCGGAGAGAAACAGAUCUGGCGCAUCGAGGGAUCUGACAAAGCUCCGGUGGAUCCGUCCACAUAUGGACAGUUCUACGGUGGAGACAGCUACAUCAUCCUGUACAACUACAGGCAUGGGGGCCGCCAGGGACACAUCAUUUACCUCUGGCAGGGCAUGGACUCCAGUCAGGACGAGAAAGGCGCCUGUGCUAUCCUCGCCGCUCAGCUGGACGAAGAGCUGGGCGGCGGCCCCGUCCAGGUGGUUGGUGCUCCUAUAACCACGCAGGUGAGGGUGAUGCAGGGAAAGGAGCCGGCUCACUUGAUGAGUCUGUUUGGAGGAAAGCCCAUGGUGGUGUACAAAGGAGGCACCUCCAGGGAAGGAGGUCAGUCGGAUCCUGCAGAGACCCGGCUCUUCCAGGUGCGCUCCAACUCUGCAGGCCACACCCGAGCUGUGGAGCUUGAUGCGGCAGCGUCCAACCUGAACUCCAACGAUACUUUCGUCCUCGUCACACCUGGCGGCAUCUUCACGUGGGUAGGAACAGGUGCCAGUGAAGCGGAGAAGCAGGGAGCGCAGCAGCUGUGUGACAUCCUGGGCGUGUCGGCCUCAGAGCUGUCCGAAGGCGGAGAGACUGAUCAGUUCUGGGGGGCUCUGGGUGGAAAGGCAGAAUACCGCACCUCCACCAGACUCAAAGACAAGAUGGACGCCCAUCCACCCCGACUCUUCGCCUGCUCCAACAAGACUGGCAACUUUGUCAUCGAGGAGGUUCCUGGGGAGUUGACCCAAGAUGAUCUCGCCACUGAUGAUGUCAUGAUCCUGGACACCUGGGAGCAGGUGUUUGUCUGGAUCGGGAAUGAAGCUCAGGAGGAGGAGAAGACUGAAGCCAUGGCGUCUGCGGUCCGUUACAUCGAGACCGACCCGGCCAACAGAGACCCCAGAACGCCCAUCGUCAAACUCAAGCAGAGCUUCGAGCCGCCCACCUUCACCGGCUGGUUCCUGGGCUGGGACCACGACUACUGGACCACCGACCCUCUGGAGCGCGCCAUGGCGGAGCUGGCCCUGUGAUCCCCCCCACCACAGCUCAGCUCCUCAUCUUUGCUUUUUAUCUUCUGCUCUGCACUGUGAUUCCAGACAACCUUUUUUAAACAAAAUUGUCUUUUUUUUUUAUUUUCUUGCUGCAAUAGUGCCUUCACAGCAAACAGGGCUUUGACUCACACUGUUAGUGUUUGAAGUGUCUCUAAUUCAACUUCUUUAUUUUAUAUAUUUUUUUAAAAUCUGCGCAAAUUUGCAGUACGAUUAUUUUUCAAAAUAAUGUGCUUUAUUACGAAAGUCGCUGCCAAGAAUCUGUAGCUCACUAGGAAUGUCCUUCAGUUUACAGACAGCCCACUUUGUAGAAAGCUUUAACCUUUGAAACAUCACUUACAUAUUUAUUUUUAACGCCCCACAACUGUACCGAGAAGGUUUUUCUAUUCUAUUGGGCAACUUUUUCCUCAGAAGACGAUGCUAUGCUGCCUUCAAAAACCUGUUCAUUCAAUAAAAAUACACAAAACAA